AUGCCCCUCUCAGGAACUCCAGCUCCUCCCAACACAAAGAAAAAACCCUUUAAAAUCAUUACGGACCUCUCCAACAUCACACAAAUUGAGGAAGAGGAAACAGAUGCCACCGAGUUUGACCUUGGGACUAAGAUUAAGACGCCUAAAGAAGUGAUGCUGGAGGAACUGACUCUUAUGAAAGGCAAAGGCUCUAAGAUGUUCAGAAUGAGGCAGCAGAGAGUGGAUAAGUUCAUCAUCAGUGCUGAGAAUCUGCAAAAUCUCCAGGUCCUGGAACCUCCUGUAAUCUGUGAAAAGACCCCACCCCAGACCCUUCCUAAACCAGAUCCACCUAAUGAUGUAGUAGAACCUGAGACUGAGAAGGAGAAGAAGAUCAGUGAGAAUGUUAAAACGUAUGUCUCACCAUGGGAACAUGCUAUGAAAGACGACGAUGAGCUCAAAGCCACGAUGAAGCCACAAAUGCCAGGGCCUCAUGUUCACAAAGACCUGCCCCAAUACAAGAGUUUCAAUAGAACAGCACUGCCUUUUGGAGGAUUUGACAAGGCUUCUCACCUUCUGACCUUCGAGAUCCCUGAUAUCAAGCCCACCUCUGAAGAGCCAGAGCCACUUCCUGUGUUCCAGUGUGUCAUCGACUCUCGACCAUCAUUUAACCGUACUCCAAUUGGCUGGGUGUGCAGCGAGGAGGCCAGCUACAUUCCCCUGUCCCUGGAACCUAUCCCCUCUGAUGGAGAGACAGAAGACCUCUGA